AUGACGACCCGGAAGCCGCGAAUUCUACCUGGUCUCACAAAGACACAGGCACUGCGGCAGGCGAAGAGUGCCACUGUAAUAAGAGAAUAUGAGCAGAAACAGGAAACGGUACGACCUAAACCACAGCCGGCCUUGGCAGAUCCUGGUAGAAGGCGACGAUAUACUCCAGCUGAGCCGAGGAGAGUUGAUUUUAGUAAACCGGCUAUGACAAAGGCGAUGAUGGCCCGGAUGAAGCAUGCGGAAAAGUUCCAAAGGGAACUUUUCGAACGUAAACAAGAAGAGACUAUGCGAAGGAGGCCAAGGAGGACACCUGCGCCGAUCGGCGGUGAUCCUAGAUUUGGUAGAGAGAGGCUGCCACCCACUAGACGCGCCCCGACGCCGUCUCCGCCGGUUUCGCCUCCAAGACCAACGAGAAUGCCGGAAAGAAGAGUGCCAGAACCGCUUCCGGCUAUUCCGGAAAGAACUAAAGAACUGGCGAGGUCUAUGAACGCUCAGGUGAUCCAAGCCGAGCCGGUUGGCGAGGGUCCAAUUGAUAGCAUCGUGAUACCGCCAAGAUCGGUAGAUGAGAAUCGCACUACCAUCGUCAGCAUCCCCCAACCACCUAUGGCCAGUAUGCAGGCUACGAAUUCCGAAGUGGCAAACCGCUCGAUUCGAGUGAUCAGUGAGACUCUUGAUGAGCAAGAUGCUGCAGAAGCGUCCGCGGUGCAAGGUAAGUUAGAGGAUUUGCAACAAGCGAGACGGGACUUUGUAAUGGCUGUAGCGAACGUCGGCGGUAACGCUGUACAACUCGCGGAAGAAGAGAGACCUAGAUACGUUUACAGAGUCCCUGACAUCGAGAGCGAGAUGUUCCGUGUCGAAUACGGCCGAGAACAUCCAAGUGUUGUGGCGGCUCGCGAAUUUGCCCAAAGAAGCAUGGCUGGUAUCAGGGCGCGUGAGGAAGCUCGUCGAUACGAACGGGAGUUCGAGAGGAGAGCUCAGGAGCCGUUGCCGGAGGAUCUGCGCUUUGAUGUGCCGUUCGAGGAGGAGUUUUUACGCGAGGGUGAUAUAUCCUGGGAGGAGGAGGAGGACAUCCCAGUUCCAACCAGAAUAAAGGCUACCAUGCGCGAUAUACCGAGGCGCGAGGCACCCUACGAGUACCGUCCCUUCGACCCGGAGGAGCUCGAGAGGUUCUUCGACGUAGAACAAUACCCACCCGUUUUGCCACGUGGACCGCCACCCGGUCGCGAACAUCUGCCACCAGAGCUCUGGGAAAUAGAGGAUCCUUGGGCAACGUGCGGCAUCUGUCCGAAGCAAGAAGUGUCCGAUCUUAUUCGCUUCGAGAGUCCUUAGUUCUUUCCUUGCCAUGCGAAUUUGGUACUCAUUUCCGUUUCCAAGUUUUUGUGAUGCGCCGGAGAGAAAUUCAUUUUCCUUCAUGGGUUCGUUAGACUGUAACAAGAUCUAAUGAAGAAAAUAGACAUACUGGGCGUUAAAUAUACGCAGAAACACGAAGAAACAAUCCAUUGUAUUAUUAACGUCCGUCGUGCAUCAUUUCAUUGAUCGCUAAGAAACUGUACAAUAUUUAAAUUCUCUGUUAAAAAAUUUAUAAAUACUAUAUUAUAUAUUUCUAAAUAUACAUUUUUAAAAAAUAUUUUUAGCAUUUGUAUUUAAU